AGAGGCGCGCCGCAUUUCACGAGGGUAACAUACUGGCAGACUAGAUUGCCAUGGAAACGUGCAGUUUGUGAGAAAUAGUUGAGAGAAUCUAGAGAAAGAACAACAUUUCCUGAUAAUUUCCAGUGACUUCUGUGAAUCUGUGAAGCCCCUGUUUAUUGGAAGCUUUUCACUCGCUCACCCAGCAAGGAGUUACACCUUGAAAGUAAGAUUGGGCUGGGUCAGCGUCUUCACUGUGCCACAUAGGCUGUCAGAUAUUUGCUGCCUAAGGGACAGUAGCCCUAGGGCACACAGAUUGGAGGACACCACAUACAUACACUAGUAUAGACAUUGACUUUCGGGGUAAUGAGCCGACUGUCAGGACGUCUGCGCUCUGGAGGUGUGCGUUUGGCUUGUGAAACACCGGUUGAGGAGGACUGCAGUGAGGCUGAAGGCUCCUGGAUGGGAGAUGUAGGGCCUGGAGUCACUUCAGCAGGGCCUAUUGACUCUGGCCAGGCCACUUCACUACACUAUGGAUUUUAUUCACCUCCUUCACUGGCUAAUGGCCUGCGAAACCACGAUGACCAGUUUCAGCGCCGAGCAAGGAGACGCAGACAAAUGGACCAUGUGGAACAAAUGCACACGCAUGAACAAGUGCACAUUCAGCAACACACGCAGAUGCACACACACCAGCAAACACACUUACUCGAGCAGAACACUCGAAUGGAACACUCAAACACGCAUCUACAGUCUCGCACACACAUUCAGUUGGAUGCCCACAUGCAGACGGACACAGAUGUGCUAAUGCACAAGCACACACGUACAGAGAUGGACAGAUGCAUAGAUUCCAGCUCUUCACUCAUGGAGCAGGACACGUCUCUUGUUCCAGAGGACUUGUCUAUUACUCACAAGACUGAAAAAUACACCCCCUCUGCCCGUUCAACAUAUCCUUUGCAAACGAACCAACCCUCACAAACGUAUUCAGCCCUUCAACAUGGCUCUGCUUCUACAUGUAAGGCAGAGACAGAACAAGCCACUCCCACCUGUAAACCAGAGGUGGAUCACUUACCAAACCCUGACAUAUGCCACAGUUCCAGUGCAACCAACAAUCUGAUCACCACCCCUAUAGAGGCUGAGAGGAAGUAUACAUUGAGGAGUUCUGGUCGGCCACGAUUCCCUUGCCACCUUCGCAAGUCAUCCCGUUUGCGUAGAGCCACGGAAGAUAAUGUUGUGAAAAGGGAAGAAGAACAAAAAGAGGAGGAGCAUGUGAACAUCUGGAGAGGAGAUGAGAUUACACCAAAGGAAGAGGCUUCUCCCGAAGUUGUUGUGGGUGCCCCAUCUCUUGAAGUUUUACCAGUAUCAACUAAAUUGUCCAGUGUGGUGCCAAAUCAUAGCAUUAGUAUGCCAUUUGGAAAUGAAGGCAGCACUGUGACUCACCACUCAAUGAGAGGUAAACGACGAGGUCGUUUUUUGGGUGUGAGGAAGAUAGUGGUAAAAAUAGCCAGAAUCCCUGUGCACCUCAGUCGUCGGCAGAAAAGCUACAAGAUCUCCUCCCUAGAUCCUGUGGGGGUGGGGACAUGUGGGGAAGGGGGUACUAAAGUAGAAGGUCCAGAAGGGGGGUCUAGUAGUGAGACAUGUGCCCCUAUUCCAAAGGAACCCACUGCUCUUCUCCGUAUGAAAAACAAUGGAAAGAGUGUAAUGGUCAUGUUUCCCCCAGGAGAGCUACCUGUCAUCCUGAAACGGCGUAGAGGACGGCCCCCUAAACAGGCCUUACCAGGGCAGCCUGACAUGCGUGAGACUAGAGCUGGGGCUGCAAAUGCCGCAGAGCCCAAGAAACAACGGCGGCGACGGCGAGUAAAACUGCCGUCUCCACUGCCCUCAUAUGUUAAUGACACCAAUGACGUUAAAGUAGAAUAUGCAGAUGUUCUGUCCAAACUGGCUUUCCUGAACAGACAGCCCCCCAGCACUGGCCGCUGCUCCCCACCACGUUGCUGGACUCCAACUGAGCCUGAAACCUUUCAUACACCUCCAGAGAACCCAAACCUGUCCACUCUACUGCACCGCCUUACAGGGUUCCGCAGACGAGGGGGUCGAGCAGGCUGUAUGGGAGGGAGGGGAGGGGCUGCAGCUGGGUGCUCCGAGGCUUUUAAGAGGUCAUUUAGUGACUUCUUUGAGACAAUUGGCAAAAAGCGAAAAGUACCCCUGUCUGAACCAGGAGCUCCACGGAAGAGGGGGAAAGGGGUCAGUAGUGGAAUAAGUAGGGCAGCUAUGACUGAGCAAGGUACACCUGUGCCUGGGGAAAAGAUUCGAAAACGCCGUUCACGAAAGAAUGGGGCAUUAAAAGGUGGUCAGGGUGCCCAGGACCAAGACUGGCAAAAUGGAAAUAGUGGGUGGGGGGAGAAAGGUGACACAGACACUCCUGAAAGAGCAGGCAGUUACCAGGGUUCUUGCUCUCCCCGUGGAAACUUUCCAUCUUCUGAGACUGGAAAAGGGGGCUUGUAUCACAGCCCGGCAAUGAGAGGGGCAGGCAGUGGAGAGGAGUCUCAGGGAAUGUUUGCAGGAUACUUUCGUUCUUUACUUGAUUCAGAUGACUCCUCAGAUUUGCUAGACAUUUCCAUGUCCAGCCCUACAGGACGACAAGAUGCUCGUAAACUGACUCCAGGAUAUGAGGGCAGCAGCCCAGGUGCAGCCCAGCGCUGGUCUCCUGCUUUCCCUAAGAGAAGCCCCAAAGGAGCUGCCUGUGCUGGGGAAGGGGCACAACUUUCUUCACCCCAAUCUCAGAGCAACUCUGCAACUAGGCCCCCAUAUUCAUACAGUGUUUCUCAAACGUCUCCCACCACUUCCUUCCCAAAAUCUCCUGCUCUUUCACUUUCCCGGUCCCCUAGUUCUCCCCAUCCUUCUUCUGGUGGUUUUUCCCAAUACCCCUCCCCUUAUAGUGGAAGUGUCACACAGGGGUCAAGCAUCUGUCCUGUGCCUCAGCAACAGCACAGGCCAAGUGACUGCAGCUUUACAUAUGGUACUAAAGCCUCCCCUGCUCCCUCUACACAACGUCAGAUUAGUUAUUCAAGUUAUCAGAGUCCUGUCAAGCGUCAUUAUAGUGGAUAUCCCGGACCUACUCAACCACAAAUGCAGCAGAGUGAUUCUGCUGGUCCAGCAUCACCAGCUGGAAGUUACAUGUCAAUAUCAAAGACUAGCCCCUUCUCCUCAUCCUCGUCUCCUCCUGAGGGUUGCAGACAAUACCAGUCCUCUGCUCCCUGGGGCUACAGGCAAGGGGGAUCAAUCUGGGGUGGUGAUGGAUUUGGUACUCAACAGUUCCAUGGCUACUCUGAGUAUGGAGUUGGCAGCUCAGAGUCCAAAGACAUCCUGGACAUAUCAAAUUACACACCUCAAAAGGCAAAGCAGCGCCCCUGCCCCGAAACACUUUCUGAGUCCUCCUCUGACUCCUCCCACACAGGAAUGGGUAACAUUGGGGGGCCUUAUUGCUCCAGGGAUGUUCCAGUGCCUGAGGGGCAGUCUAGCCUUUCAAGCCUGGAAAAGUUGAUGCUUGACUGGAAUGAAAAUUCUGCAGGCCCUUCAUACAACUGGAGUCAGAAUGUUUUGUUUCAAGGUGGGACUAAAUCAGGCCGUGGUCGCAGGAAAAGGUCAGAGCAACAGAGUGAGAGGGAAGCGUGCCCUAUGCCUCCAGGAUCACCUGCAAGUCCUUCUAUGCAGGGAGGUGGACCAAAACGUAGUGCUUCUGCAGGCCGACAGCCCAGGGGGAGCAGGGGCAGGGGAGGAUUCUCUCCUUGCCAAAGAGAGCGUCCUGUGCCAGCCAAAGCCAAACCUCAAAAACCUGCGGCCACAGCCGUGGCAGGGCAGAUGACUUCAACAGGGGCACUAUACCAGGAAACACUGGAUUAUUACAGUGGAGACAGCAGUAGUCUAUCACCUCUCAGCCAUGCCCCUGAGCCCUGUGAAUACCCAUCUCCCUACUCUGCCCACACUUCUACUCCCUCCUCUGAUGAGAGAUUUGCCCAGAUUUACCCCUCGGACUCAGCCUCUCUUUCCCCUAGCCUAUCAAAUCAAUCAGAUGUCUUAAAGCAGUAUCCUAAAACAGGCCCUCCCUCACAGACAUAUGGACAUGCUGCCAGGACAUUCAGCCCUACGCUAUCCCCAAGCCCUCGCCUCCUGCCACAGUGUGGCUCUGCCAUGAGUCCACAUCGUGUUUCCACAAAGGAACAGUUUCCACAGUAUGAUUCCCCUAGUUACAGUGGCUCCCCUUGCUGGUAUGGGCAGGGUGGGAGUGUUGCUAACAGUCCCCAUAGCUAUGAGGAGCAGCGAUCCACUGCCAUCGCUAUGCCCUCCCACAAACGGGACACAUCACUAAUGGGCCCUGGGAUGAGGGUGCCAUCCCAUUCUCCUUAUCCCCCACCUGUACACAGAGGCCCUACCAUGUCCUCUUCUUGUGCGAGUGGGACUCUAGAGUCAUCUCCUCAACACGAGGAGCUGGGUUACCAUGGUAACAUGGACAACUAUGCACCCCUUGGGCAUCGUUAUGUGUCCCAAAGUGCCCGAGGUGGGGUUCUCUGCCAGCUACUGGACCAAUCCAGUGAUGAAGGCUUCACUGUCACCAGCCUGUAGUUAGCACUGUUGCAGCAACCAACAAAGAUGAUUUGGACUACGCCCUUUUCAUAUUUUUAAUAUUUUGUAAAUGAGAUGCUACAGAAGACACUUACUAAGUAAGACAGAGGAGAUUUGGAACUGUGGACUAAAAGCUGACUUCUCCAGCAGUGACAAUCAAGAUCCAAAUUCACACACCACACACACACACGCACAUGCAUGCAUGCUCUACACUCACACAAUUGUGACCUGUUUACACAC